AUGACGGAGAGUGAUUUACAUAGUAUCGUUGAUAACUGCCUGAUAUUUGUUUACUCUGCAUUGAAGAUGCGGACACACUUGUUGACGCUAUCCUUGCUGACAUGGUUGAUUGCAUACAUUAUUCAGUACAGUGACUGGCUGGACCUUAACAAAAGCUUUCUAUAUAGAAUCGCUCCGGGACACUGUCAGUAUGUUACAGAAGAUGGUGGUUCUGAGGAUUUGACAGAUGUUGGAGAUGGAAUAAUCAUUAUGUCCUCGGGAUAUGGGGCUGGAAUUGGAAAAGGUGUGAUGAAGGCAUUAGAUCUCAAUACAAGCAAAGUGGUUACUAUGGAAAUUCGCGGGGCUCCAGACAAAAAGGAUUUUAUGUCUACCCCUCAUGGAAUAACUACUUGGAAAGAUGAUAAAGGUGAUACUUUUUUUCUUAAGCAAUUAAAACCUAAGCUUGAUUGA